AUGACCGGAGCGCCUCCUACGCCAUUCCUCCCCAUCUGUAAACACAUCUGUGAAGAUCAGACUCUUCUCAUCGACACCGAGCCGGUCUUUGACGAUUCAUUCGAUUCUUGGCCCCCUUCACCUCGGGCUCGGGUGCAACCGUCAGAGCUGGCGCUAUUAGCCACAUCGGCGGAUCCGCGUGGUAGGUAUGCCUCUGCGACCACGGAGGAAGGGGCAUCGCCGCAACCUCCAGCGGAGUCAUGGCCGAAGGACGCAGAAGGCCAGCCGUCUAGCCAGUUUGGCGCGAAGAGAUUAGGUGGGGACAGCCCUGCCAAGAGACAUGUACGAAAAAGAGUUAAGCCUCCUACGCCAGUCAGAAAUGACUUCUUCACCCGCAGAGUGCAGGAUUCGGACCGCCGCUCGAGCUUGGGUCCCAGGAGAGUCACCCAAGCUGGCCCCAGCCAUGCGCCGCCCCGUGUAGUCAGCCGACAUUCAGACCGGUCGUCCACAUCUUCCGACAUGGUCGGCGUACCGGGACUAUCUUAUCUUGUCGAUUCGGCCGCCUCGCUUGCCGCUCGCGAAAGAUGCAAAUCCCCGGGAGCGAUAUCUUCACAAUCACAUCCCGGUCCGAUCGGUCACCGCUCUCGGGACUGGACUCCAAUCCCUCAUCUCUCACGACACUCUCCACCAGGGACCCUUGCUCCAACCACCUCACUCCAUCGCACUCUCUCAAACCAAAGUACCGCAUCAUCCUCCCGGCGCGAUAGCCUGUCGGAGCGCGUGUCGGGCUUCUUUGCCAACCUCAUCCGGCGGCGAAGCUCCAGCUUUGCAGGUGUUCAGACCAUCGGGCAGCGGACGGAGGACGAAUGCGGAUCGGCUGCUGCUGAUGGCGAGCAGGUCUCGGAGCCAGAGACGGGGGAAUCCAGCUUCGAACCCUCCGGAGAUGCCUCUAAAAGGAGUACUGGGGGCGGAAGCAGGGGCGAUGAAGGCGAUGGGACCGAAGCUGGUGUGGUGCGCAGGGUACCGCCCGUCAGCGGAUUGCCGCAACUCCGCCUCCCACCGAAUCUCACCAGGCCGGCUCCCUGGGCAUUGUCGACCACCACUUGCGCCCUUCAGCCAAAGAAGAUCAUCCCCAACGCUUCAUCUUCAGCCGGCGCCUCGCAAACAUCAAAUGCCCCGCGUAAAGUGCCGAGCACAGCCCACCCUAUCCCUCCAAAAUCUACUCUGCCACCCCGCUCGACUCAACCUACCUCAUCUUUCACCGCUCGCGCGCUCUCUCGGCUUCCCGCUCCGGGCCAGGGCUCAUCCUCUUCAUCACGUCCGACUACCAUUCGGACGACUGAACGGGCGCUCGACCUCGCUUCCAAGCGGGAGACUUUCGAGCGGCUUGCGCGGGAAGCUGCCGAGGACAAGGUUCGUGCCUUAGCCCAGUACUCUACACGUGUCGCGCGGCCAGUCACUGGGAUGAGGAGGACUGUCCCGGUCAAAGGAAACACACCCGGGACGGCGAGCAGGCAGCGGGCAGAGGAGAGGGCACGGUUCGAGCAAUGGCUAAGGGAGCGUCAUGAGGAGAAGAGCAGGAGAGAUGAGGCGAUGCGGCAGGCGAGGGAAGAGCUGGAUAAGGCGGAGGUUAGGGUGGCGAGGACGGAGACGGUCGUCUGGGCCAAGGGUUUGCCAGGGAUGUAUGGCAAACCAGCCGAAGCAGGACAGGGGUGA